AUGACUUGGAGCGGCAUUCGGGUGAUUCUCUGUGUCUUAGCUAUAGCCACCUACGCACAUGCGCUUGUGCUCCCACGUGGCGCACAGAACUCCGCAUUCGGCGAGCCCACCGGGCAGCAGCGGUUCGCGAGCGACGCCAACUCUGAGCACCAGCAGCGCGUUGUCGUCGCCAUCGGACUCUCCGUUGGCAUCGGCAUCGCUCUCGCUGUGUUCGGCACCCUUGGCGUGCUGUAUUACCGCAAGCGCAAGCUCGAGCGUGCACACGCCAGCCUCGCACACAGCCUCGUCAGUGCCCCCGUCAACCCGUUGUCCCUCCCUUCCUCCUUCACCUCCUCCCAACCCUCCUCUACCGCGGCCCGGCCGGCACGCUGGCGCUCACUCCUCACACUCUCCCUCCCGUCCCUCCGCCACUGGUUCCGCAGCCCGUCCCGGUCCCCCGCCGCGCUCACACGGCAGGUCUCCCCAUUCGACCUUGCGGCCGGGCCGAGGCCGCCGACGCUCGUGAGUGUCCCGCGCAGCGUGCGGCUAUCGGACAUCUCGAUUACGACCGUGCCGACGACGCGCACCGCGCCGUCCCGCACAACGACGCGCCUCAGCUCCGGCGGGCGGACCGCAUCGACCGGGCGCACGGCUGGCACGGGCCGGACGGCGCGCAGCGAGCGGCUGCUCGCGGAGGCGCAUCGCCGUGCGGAGCUCGAGGAGCUGCAACGGCGCGUUGCCGCACUGGAGAAAACAGCGGCCUCGGGCACGGGACAUUAG